AUGGCGGACUCGGAGACCAAACCAGCUGUCGUCUGUGUAUUUUGUGGCUCCGUACCAGGCAGCAAUCCAGUACACAUGGAAGCAGCCCGAACUCUCGCCGCAGAAUUCCACAAACACAACGUGAAACUAGUCUACGGCGGCGGCACAACUGGCCUGAUGGGCGAACUAGCGCGCACUCUAGUCUCGCUUGCGGGCCCGAAAGCUGUGCACGGCAUCAUCCCACGCGCGCUGGUCAAAGUCGCUACAGUCGGCGGAAUGCGCGAGCACCAGGAAGGUCAGGCCAGUACUCAAAAACCUGGCAAAGCCGCCGAGCGGGUUAUCGAUGCUACUGAUGCUGAUGGAAUCCCUGAGUCGGAGUACGGCGUUACAACCAUUGUCGUCGAUAUGCAUACACGCAAGCGUAUGAUGGCGGAGAAGGUUCUUGAAGGUGGGCCUGGGUCUGGGUUUGUUUCGCUGGCUGGUGGGUUUGGUACUAUUGAGGAAGUUAUGGAGAUGACAACAUGGAACCAGCUGGGGAUUCAUAAGGUUGGGGUUGUGUUGUUGAAUAUCAAUGGGUACUGGGAUGGGUUGUUGGCUUGGGUGCGCAAUGCUGUGAACGAGGGGUAUAUCAGCGUCAGUAAUGGGGUUAUUCUUGCGGAGGCCAAGGAGGUUUCUGAGGUCUGGCCGAAGUUGCUGGCUUAUCAGGUCAGUAAUGGACGCAUGCAGUUGAACUGGGGAGAGGAGUGA